CUCUCUGCUCACGCGACAUCGAGUAGCAUGGGAGAAUGUGGACGCACGUCAGAGCAAGCUCGACAGAACGGGUGUGUUUUUGAUCUCAUGAUGUCUGGAUGGGUUCAUCCACCCUGCUACAAUCAAGAACUAUCCGAUCGCUUUCUAAGCGAGAACAACUUUGCAUUUUUCUGGGAUCAAGAUGGGUUAAAGCCACUAACCGAGGCUGAAGCAAGACUUGGAAAUCAUAAAUUUAUCUACACUAACGGAACUUUUCACUAUCAGCAUUGCGCAUAUAUAUGGGCUAAGCAAAUAAGUGCAAGAAAAAGAAGUCCUUUUGUCUUGGAUAGUCAGUCGAGGUCAAUAGAGCAUGUGGAGCAUUGUAUCCAGCGAGUAGGGAAUCCAAAUAUCACUCAGGUUGCGCUCCAGACGGGAACACGUUUACAUGUCUCGACUUGGCGGUUAGACUGUAUA